CGGCGGCAGACUCGUUUCCCGAACGAUUUCGAAUCGCCUCGUUAACCGGGUGAAAUAAUAUAUCGGCGGCGGACCACUACAACAACCAUUAUAUACACACAACAACGACGUGCCUCACACGCACGCACGCGGUGUAGUAGUCUGUAUAGUAGUAAUAAUCCGAGACGACCGAUCGGAGACCACUUGUGUUGUAUUAUGCACGGCGCGCACCAGUCGUCCAACGUCGUCCGUGCCGUGUGCUAGCGCGUCGAAUUUCGUCCCUUCAAGCCGCGAUUUUGCCGCGGGUCCGCGAGCGAUCUAUAUAAUAUAUUAUAAUAAUAAUGACAUCGUCGACCGUCGUCUUUUACCGUGCGAUAAUUAAUUAAUAAUAAAAUUAAAAUAUACGAUGAUCCGUACUAUGUUUCGAUGAACACUAAAUAAUAUUAUUUAAGUGGUCGUUGUCGUCUUUUUAUUAUUAUUGUGAAUUUCGUAAUUAUUAUGCGACUCUUAGCCGCAAAUGAGUUCGUUCCGAGUGCACACGGCGGGACGACGCCGCAGGAUCGUCUUCUGCACUGACCGUUGGCCAGUCACCGCCAUAGCCUUACACCGCAGCCAUGGCCCUUGGUGGUUCCGAGAACGGACUGUUGCACCAGUUCUGCAGUACCCGCGUCAAUGUCUCGAUUCGUAUUGUUGUGAUUCUGAAAUCGUGUUGAGAUACGGUCAUGAAGUUUCGUAACCACUCGGAAUCGUCGUCGUCACGCAGAACUCGAGCGUGAAAAGGAUCCAUUUUUGUUGGACUACAACCGCGGACGCGCGCGCCGGACGUUACCGUACCGAGAAGUGUCGCAGAUAUGUGCUCAGCGCCGACACUAGUGGCGGCCGUGUUGUUAGCGGUCGUGGCCACCGCCGUCUGCAACAUGCAACCGGUGGCCGUGACAAACACGGCGGCGGCGUCGGCGGGGGCUGUGGCCGGUGUGGCAGCCGUGCCGGCAGCGGGGCGCUGCGAAGAGAUCACCAUACCGAUGUGCCGGGGCAUCGGGUACAACAUGACGUCGAUGCCUAACCAGCUGAACCACGAGACGCAGGAGGAGGCCGGCAUGGAGGUGCAUCAGUUUUGGCCACUGGUCGAGAUCAACUGUUCGGCGGACCUCAAGUUUUUCCUGUGUUCCGUGUACACGCCCAUUUGCAUCGAAGAGUACCAGCGGCCACUGCAGGCGUGCCGGAGCGUGUGCGAACGGGCCCGGGACGGAUGUCUGCCGGUCAUGCAGCGGUACGGGUUUGUGUGGCCGGAGAAGAUGCAAUGCGACAAGCUGCCGGUGCACGGCGGCCCGGAACUUUGCAUGGCCCAGGACGUGUACGAGCAGCAUCAGCACGUGCCAGUCAAGCCGACCAAGAAGCCGACUGGGUCACUGGCAAACAAGUGCAAGCCGGGUAGCAGGGCCAAAGGAUGCGAGAAGUACGCAUUCGGCGGCGGUGGUGUUGGCGACGAGGACGGGUGCGAGUGCAAGUGCCGGCCGCCGCUAGUGGCCAUCGAUAGGGAAUCGGUCCGGUACAACCGCAGUGGCGUGUCCGUGGCGGGCGUGGACAACUGCGCGAUGCCGUGCCGGGCCGUGCUGUUCACCGACGAAGAGAAGGAUUUCGCGUCCACCUGGAUCGCCCUGUGGUCGAGCAUAUGUUGCGUCACCACACUGAUGACACUCACCACGUACACCAUUGACACGCAACGUUUCAAGUAUCCGGAAAAGCCGAUCGUGUUCCUGUCCGGUUGCUACCUGAUGGUCAGCCUCGGGUACCUGAUCCGAGUGUACGCAGGCCACGAUGCGGUCGCCUGCGAGCCUGACGGUUCCGUCAAGUACAACGCGUCCGGGCCCACGCCGUGCACGCUUGUGUUCCUGUUGCUCUACUUCUUCGGCAUGGCCUCGUCCAUCUGGUGGGUCAUACUGGCGUUCACAUGGUUCCUGGCGGCUGGUCUCAAGUGGGGAAACGAGGCGAUCGCGUCCUACUCACAGUACUUCCACCUGGCCGCUUGGCUGAUACCCACCGUCAAGUCGCUUGGGGUGCUGGUCAUGUCGGCCGUUGACGGUGACGCGUUCGCUGGCGUAUGUUACGUGGGCAACCAGAACCCGGAUAACCUUAAAAUGUUCGUCCUAGCGCCACUCGUCGUCUACCUGGCGCUGGGAAUAUCGUUCCUGUUGGGCGGGUUUGUAUCGCUGUUCCGCAUCCGAAACGUCAUCAAGCAGCAGGUGGGCCGCAGCAAGGCGGACAAGCUAGAAAAGCUCAUGAUCCGGAUCGGCGUGUUCAGCGUUCUGUACACCGUUCCCGCAUCCGUCGUCAUAGGAUGCCACUACUACGAGGCCCGGUACAUGCCUGACCGUGUGGCUCACCUGGCGUGCCCGUGCUCCGAACCGGACCCGGACACCAAGCCGGUGUACACCAUGCUGAUGCUCAAAUACUUCAUGACGCUGGUGAUGGGUGUCACGUCAGGCGUGUGGAUAUGGUCUGGUAAGACGGUUGGCUCGUGGAAGCGCCUGUCCCGCCGGCUGUUUGGUGGUGGUGGGGUUGGUAGUGGAAGCGGUGGUGGCCGCAUGUCCAAGGGCGGCCCCAACCCGGUGCUCGUCAAUCCAGGCAAACAACGCAAGCAGCUGCAGUAUAUGCCCGCACCGUCCGUCCCGGGUAGCACACUGCCCUCGUCCCACCACCUGGCCCCAUCGUCCAGCCUGCACCACCACAUUAUCAAACAGGCGCCGCUUAGCCAUGUAUGACAUCAGUACGCCACUCCUGCCCUUAGCUACGAGCAACCAGACCCGUCCGAGGACAUGAUGCCCUCUACCACGGGGCUCAGUGACUAUGGUCCUCUUUAAAGGGUCGGCAGGAGGAAUAACGAUGAACCAAUAACUCAUCAGAAGCAUAAAAUAUGAUCUCGAUAUGUACUUUAAUUAUUAUUAUUUUUAUUAUUUUAUUAUUUAUAUUAUUAUCUCUGUACAAUAUACCUCCUACUCGAACAGACGAACCUCCCACCACAUUUAAAACCCGGAACCGACAUUGGGAACACAUCACAUCGGAAAUAGACGCGUAUUUUCCUUUACAAUAGGUACCUACGUCUUCGUCGUUCACAGCAAAAAAAGUAAAAUACAAUGUUACUCCAUCGUUAAACCAAAUUAUUAACGUGACGUUUUCGACUGGUUUGACAAGUUAACUAGUAAAAACAAAAAACGUGUAGCUACCCCGUCGGCCAUAGGUUUAUUUUCUGGUGCUUUCCCCAAUUCAAUUUUACCUUAUAUAAUUUUUAUUUUGUAAAUAACUUUAAAUUUAAGAAGCGUAUACUAGUCGUAGUAGAUAAGUUGUGUAUUUUUUUGUUUUGUGUUAACAUUAAAAAAUCCUUUUAUACUGUAAUUAUUUUAAAAAGGAAAAGACAACAUUCGGUUAUCCGAAAUUACUAUAAUUAACUCUUUUUUUUCUAAAGAACAAAUAAAAGAAAUAUGACUUGUUCGCCAAACACGUGCAAUAUAUAUGAUUCCAAUGAUUUUUUUGAUGAAAAUAUAAAUUUUAUUAUUUUUAAGCCAAUGUAUAUUAGACAUUUUUGUCUCUUUACUGCCCUUAUAUACGAAAAACAAACUGUAUACGUAAAUUUUAAGUGAUAAUAUUAUUAUAAACAUAUUAUACGAGUAAGUUUUAUUAUUCAUGCAUACAAAUUAUUUAUACUAUUUAUAAUAUAUAUUACUGUAUUGUAGCAGAAAAUAUUGUACAUAAUAUAACAUGUUUUAAAUAAAAAUUGUACAUUUCAUGUUUUCAUAAUUGGGUGUAGAAUUUUUGACUUCAUGAACUAACAAUAAAAAAAACGUAGAGAAUUCAUUAUUCAAUUGAAUUAA